AUGACAACGUUUUGGCUUCGGCUGGGUUAUAAACCUCUAGCAAUUAAGGAGGCUCAUGGUUUUUCAGGUGGUGUGUGGGCCUUAGGACUUCUUUCUCUUCAGCUACAGGUUGCGGUUGUAGCUUCUCACCGGCAAGCUGGUAGCCUCCGCUUUAGCUCAAAUACAGCUUCUUGGGUAGGUACUGGUGUGUACGCUAGCCCCACUCCUUCUCUUCGUUCUGACUUGUGGGAGCAUCUUUGUGGGGUUGCUAAUCUGGUUCAGGGCCCUUGGGCUUUUCUUGGUGAUUUCAAUGAUGUUUCUAGCGCGACGGAGGUUAGAGGUGGUGCGUUUAGCCCGGCAAGAGCACAGGCUUUUGUUGAGAACUAUGAGGCGUGUGGGCUGCUUGAUCUGGGAGCCUUUAGACUUUCUUUCACGUGGUACCGUCAUGCCCAAGGACGUCGCCCUCUCCAUCGCCGUCUUGAUCGAGCUCUUGCAAAUCUUGAUUGGAGGAUUGGGUUUCCCCAGGGCUCUAUCGAAGUGCUUCCUCGUCAACACUCUGACCAUAACACGUUGUUUCUCCGCUGCUGUCCAAGGCGGGAGGCUCUGGUUAACAAGCCUUUUCGGUUUGAGGCCGCCUGGAUGGACCAUCCUCAGUAUCAUCAAGUGAUUACAGAGGCUUGGAGGAAAUGA